AUGUUCACGUUCAAGCAAUUCCUGGCUGCCCUCCGCGCCCCCGGAGCCAAGGGCGCCAUUGAGGCAGCCGCACCGACGCAGCGCGUCCUCUCCCACGACGGGGGCGAAAAGAAGCUGUCGCACGCCGAGUCGGGCCCCGCCGAGAAUGUCACUGGGUUCUCCCCGCUGACCAAGAGACGGCGCCUCGAUCGAUGGCUGGACCGGGUCGUGCAGCUCUCUGGCUCGCAGGCCGCUUUUGUCUUCACUCUGACGGGCCUCCUGGCCUGGGCCUUUCUGGGCAUCUCGUUUGCCGACGCGCCCGAGUGGGCCAUUGUGAUUUCCGACGUCCAGGCCAUUGUCAGCUACAUCUACGACUCGCUCUUGAUGCGCCAGCAGCUCAACAGCUACGACGAGCUGAUCCACGCCUGUGCCGCGCUGCGGUCGCGCAGCCUGAGCCAGGAGGCCAUGCUCCGCGCCAUCCUCAAGAGCGGCCGCUACAAGGCGGCCGACGUGUCGCGCUAUGACGUUGACAGCGCGCGCCCGGCCGCCUUCACCGCCGACCUCCCCGCGGAAAACCUCGUGGGGCGCGUCUCCACGCUCUUCUCGCGCAUCCUGGGCCACAUCAUCACCGUCGGCCUCUUCUGGGUCGGCAUCUUCGUCUGGCUCGGCUUCGGCCCGUCCAUGGGCUGGAGCGACGAGUGGCAGCUGUACAUCAACUCGGCCACGUCCGCGCUCAUGGUGCUCAUCUUCUCGUUCCUCGCCAACAUCCGCGAGCGCCACACGGCCUACAUGGAGCGAUGCCUCAACGUCGUCUUCGAGGUGGACUCGCGCAUCGAGCUCCAGCUGCGCGCCAUCACCGGCUACGCCGUGCCCAACCCCACCGUCAUCGUCCCGGCGCCCAAGGUCGGCCGCAUCCAGCGGUGCAUCUUUUACUACGCCGACAUCAUCGGCACGCUCGUCGGCAUUGCCAUCCUCGUCGUCGUCAUGGUCGUGUGGGUGGCCAUCGGCCCGGCCAUGGGCUUCAACGCCAACUGGUGGCUGCUGAUUGGCACCUACGCCGGCCUGGUCGGCCUCAACGACGGCUUUGUCCUGCGCAACGUGCAGGCCCGCCUCAACGGCUACGAAGCCGACGCCUUUUAUGGCGUGCACCUGCAAGACACGAGCAUCUUGGUGGAGACCGGCCUCCCCGACGUCGACGAGGAGGACGGCGAGGACGGCACCGCCGCCCGCCUGAGCCGGUGCAACUACCGCCUCUCCGACCGCAUGGGCCGCAUCUGCGCGUCGGAAAUCACCGUCAUCCUCGGCGCGCUCUUCGUCGUCGGCCUCCUCAUCGGCUCCAGCGCCAUGAAGUGGACCGAGACGGGCCAGCUGCUGUGCAACGUGCCCCCUAGCAUCGUCGAGUCCUUCUUUAUGAUGAUUCUCAUCACGGGCCACAACAUCGCCGACGCCCAGCGCCGGACGGACCUGCACAACAUGUACCAGCGGCGCCUGCGGCUUCUCAGCUAUGUUGAUCGUCUGGAGGAGGUCGAGGUGGUUGCGUCGGCUGCGAUCAAGUCGAGCCUGGAGUAA